AUGCCGGUCCACUACGUGACGUAUGAAGGCAUUAAAUUCCCUCCUGCCUACAACUCUGAGCACAGCCUGAGUUUCACUCACAAUGAGUUCCUGGUGCGGGAUGAUGACAUCUUCAAUGUCACCUACCCCAAGUCUGGCACCGUGUGGAUGACCGAGAUCCUGAGCCUCAUUCGUAGCCGUGGCUGCCCUGGCUGGAGCCAAGCUGUCCUCAAUUCUGACCGCAUGCCCUGGUUUUCAACCCGUCUGGGUCUGGAGUCAGCCCUCAGCUACCCCUCGCCUCGCCUGCUGACCUGCCACCUCCCCAGGCACAUCUUCCCCAAGUCCUUCUCCCAUUCCAGUGCCAAGGUUAUUUACACCCUACGGGAUCCUCGAGAUGUUGUUGUCUCCUACUACUACUUUUCCAAGAUGUGCAACAGCUAUGAGGAUCCUACAUCCUUUGAGCAGUUCCUGAGGGACUUUCUGAAUGGAGAGUUGCCCCAUGGCUCCUGGUUCGAACACGUCCGAGGCUGGAUGGAGAUGAAGGACAUGGAGAAUUUCUUCUUCAUCACCUAUGAAGAGCUGAAGCAGGACCUGCGUGGCAGUGUGAGACGUCUCUGCCGGUUUCUGGGGCAGGAUUUGGAUGAUGAGGCCAUCUCAUCAGUGGUGCAAAAUGCGUCCUUCACGGCCAUGCGGCAGAACCCAAUGUGCAACUCCGUCCUGCUUCCUGCAGACAUCAUGGACCAGACGAAGGGCCAGUUCCUGAGGAAGGGCAUCUGCGGGGACUGGGAGAACCAUUUCACAGUGGCACAGAGUGAGACCUUCGACAAGAUCUACCAGGAGAGGAUGCGGGGCCUGAACAUGGCUUUUCCUUGGGACAGGCAUUAG